AUGGCCCGAACGAAGCUAAUUAGCAUUUUAGGUGUCGCUGCACUUGUCGCUGCCCAGGUUGUGGACAGGACGGUUCUGUUACAGUCCCCUCCCGAUGCUUGCUCGACACCCGCUGUGCUAGAUGCUAGGACGAAUAUAUGGAAAGAAUACACUCUCCAUACAGAUCCUUACUAUCGUAUUAAAGUCGAAAAAGCAGUAGAAGCUAUCCAAGAUGUGGAACUUCGAGACAAGGCUUCCAAGGUUGCUGACGUCGGCACAUUUAUGACGACGGUCGACGACAUACAAGACCUUGCGGACAUUGCCAACACGGUGCCAUGUACCGAUAUCAUAGGGUUAGUCCUAGAUAACCUACCUUAUAAAGGGCAAGCACCGGAAGGCCUCGCAUUCAAUCAGACCAUAGUUCAAUAUCAAGCUUCGUAUAUCGAUUCAAUCGUAGAAACCAUCAGAUCAUCGUCUAAUACAUCGUUUGCCGUAAUUGUGGAGCCACGAGCGUUUCUAGCCUACUUCAAUGACACCACGAACAUCGACCUCGCUAAGAGCUACAGAGAAAACAUCCCAUACGCUCUCAAAGCUCUGAACUUACCGAACGUCAUUACAUAUCUAGACGUUGGCAACAGUAAUUCAAUGGACUGGGAUCGUCAACGCAACGUCGCCGCCAAGGAAAUCAUAGACAUCUACCAAGCUGCGGGGAGCCCAUCUCAAUUCAGGGGCUUCGCAACAAACGUUGCCAAUUUCAAUUCCUGGGACCUUCUACCCGGGGAGUUCGUACCCGCGGAUGAUUCUCGAUAUACUAGGCCGCAGAACGAACAGCAAUUCAUACGCAUUCUCUCCGACGCUCUCAAUAAAAAUAGGAUGCUACCUCAAGCGGUACAUGCGAUUAUGGAUACUAGUCGAAAUGGUGUGUCGGGGCUCAGAGAGAGCUGGGAUGAUUGGUGUAAUGUUAAUGGAGCUGGCUUCGGGAUUAGGCCGACCGCGCAGACCGGCGACGAGAGACUCGAUGCGUUUCUGUGGGUAAAGCAACCCGGGGAGUCGGAUGGUACGAGCGACCCAACUGGGCCAGGCUACGAUUCAUCCUGUGGGAAGGAAGACGCGCUGAAGCAUGCGCCGACAGGGGGUUCGUGGUAUCAGGCAUAUUUUGAGAUGCUCAUUCAUAAUUCGAAUCUCUCCCUCAGAAUGUAAGUCUUCCUGAAAUACAAAAUUGUGCCACCUCAAAAUUGAUUUUACAUUGAUAUCCGUCAAUAUCUGUCCCAUUUAUACCCCAACUUCGUGAAUUCCGCUGUGAUAGUCUAACGUACAUAUGGCCCAAAUUCUACUCCGUUUGCGAUGACAUGAUUCCCCACCAUUCCCAUAACCCCGAUACUAUCGGUUUCCUGAAUUCCACAUCCGGUAGGAAGCGUCGAUCAGGCGAAGCUAGAAUAGCCGUCGGGUCACUAUAGUCGCCUGGUGUCGGGAUGGACCUGAACGCCUUCCUUUAGGCAACGAUAAUCACACCACUUACGAAGUUUGGGUUUGGAGAUACU